GUCGGUGUCCGCGUCGAAGUCGGCGCGGGGCGCUGGCGACGUCGGCAAGAGCAGGAUAUCGGAUGGAGGCCAUCGUCGAGCAGGAGCACUCCCUUGCGCAGGCGAGCUCCUGGGAGAGCCGCGCCGGCGACGCGCGCGCCGGGGAGCCUGGCGUGCAGCGGAGCCUCCCGGCGGGCCCGCGGACGCCGACGAGAACUCUUGCGACGGCUCCGGGCCCUGCCUCUUGCGCGGCCUGCUGAGCAGCGACCGCGCGCAGGAGACGGCGGCCAGGGGCCUCAUGCAGGUGGCUGGCGCGCGGCUGCAGCCCGCGGACUGGGACAUGGCCAGGAGCUCGAGCAGUGGCGAACAUCACUGUCAUGCUUGA